AUGGCGAGUAGUAACAGUGAAAGUAUCAACCUUGACAGCCUCAGUGCCCAACAACUUAGCCAAGUCAAGAAGCAACUCGAUGAGGAACUGGAGCAUCUAACCUCCUCCUUUGCCCAAUUGCAUGCCGCCCAGUCUAAAUUUCGAGAAUGCCUACGCUGUGUUCAGGACAAAAACAAGUCACCUGCUCUUCGGGAGAACAACCCGAUUCUUGUUCCCCUUACCAAUUCCCUCUACGUGCGCGGUACACUCUCGGACCCAUCUCACGUCGUCGUAGAUAUCGGCACCGGAUUUUACGUUGAAAAGGAGACCAAGUCAGCAGCAGAAUUCUACGAGAACAAGGUGGGCGAGGUGGGGGCAAGUAUCAAGGACCUGGAAUCAAUCGUCCAAGGUAAAACGAACAACGUCCGCGUUGUCGAGGAAGUUCUGAGGCAAAAGAUGGUUACCGGAACUCAGUAG